ACGCUCACGCCAACGGAGAAAGAUUUGCCCGUUUGCUAAAAGUUGCCUCUUUUUAUGGAUACUGCGAACACUUGGAAUUUGCUUUGAAGCUAACAGUACAAGUGGUAGUAGUUUAAAGCUUGAAAUGGAUGGGGAGGAGUUGACAGAGCAGGAGACUGCUCUUUAUGAUCGCCAAAUUAGGGUUUGGGGUGCUGAUGCUCAAAGAAGACUGAGCAAAUCUCAUAUACUAGUUUAUGGAAUUAAAGGGACUGUUGCUGAGUUUUGCAAGAACAUUGUACUGGCAGGAGUUGGUAGUCUGACAUUGGUGGAUGACCGGGUAGUUAAUGAGGAAGCUUUGUCUGCCAAUUUCUUGAUACUGCCUGAUGACAAUCUAUUUCAAGGGAAAACUCUUGCUGAGGUCUGUUGUGAUUCUUUGAAAGAAUUCAAUCCUAUGGUUCGAGUGUCUGUAGAAAAAGGUGAUAUAUCAACAUUUGGUGUAGAAUUCUUUGAAAAGUUCGAUGUUGUGGUCAUCAGUUGCUGCUCUCUUGCUAAAAAAAAAUUGAUUAAUCAGAAGUGCCGGAAGUUAUCAAAGCGUGUAGCAUUUUACACAGUUGACUGUAGAGGCUCUUGUGGCGAAAUAUUUGUUGAUUUGCAGAACUAUAAAUAUUCAAAGAAAAAACUUGAGGAAAACAUUGAUUGCCAACUAGAAUACCCAAGCUUUGAGGAAGCAAUUUCAGUGCCUUGGAGAGCACUUCCGAGGAGAGUGUCAAAGCUUUACUUUGCUAUGAGAGUGAUAGAGGGAUUUGAAGAUGUUGAAGGUCGUAAUCCUGGAGAAACCUCGAUUACUGAUCUUCCUGGUGUUCUGAAGCUCAGAAAGGAACUUUGUGAAACAAAUUCACUGAACGAGUCUCAAAUACCCAAUGCACUCUUAGAAAGACUGCUGAUAGGUACAAGGGAGUAUCCUCCAGUUUGUGCCAUCAUCGGGGGAAUCCUUGGACAGGAGGUGAUCAAAGCAAUAUCAGGCAAAGGGGAUCCACUCAAGAAUUUCUUCUUCUUUGAUGCCAUGGAUGGGAAAGGCUUGAUAGAGGACAUAUCAGAGCCUAACACUGGAAGCUGAGCUCUGCUUUGAUCGGGGAGGGAUAUAUAGAGUUGUAACUUAGGGGUGUAAGUUUUUGGCCUGUAACUGACUAUUGCUCUGGGGGGAAGUUAAGUUGGUUGAAGCUUUCAUAGGAUCAGAUAACAAUCACCAAUUAAUAUUGUUGCCUAAAUUGUAACUCCAGAAAACUUGUUGAACUUUAUUCUUUCUUAAAGAAUUUGGAGCCUACACAGUUGUUAAGGAAUCUUGAUUUAUGGAACUUAAUGUUGGACGGUUUGUGUA